AUGCAAAUUUCUAAUUCCUUAGCUUUUUUGAAAAGCUUGAGAUACCUUGACCUCUCUUCGUCAAUUUUCAAUGCAACGAUUCCUCAUCAUCUGGGAAAUCUUUCAAGGUUGCGGUAUCUCAACCUUAGCAAUAGUUAUUUAAAUGGUCCAAUUCCUGAUACACUUGGAAGGUUGACGUCUCUCACAGUCCUUGACCUUUCAAGUAAGAAUUUCAAUGAUUCAAUGUCGUAUUCUUUGUGUAACCUGAGCAGUCUUGUCCAUAUAGAUCUUAGUUAUAGUAGCCUUAUAGGUGCAAUCCCCCAUUGCCUUGGGAAUCUUGCUUCUCUUUCCAUCCUCAGGUUGAAUUACAAUCAACUUCAAGGUCCAAUUCCAAGUGAGAUGUUAAAUAUGACGCAACUUACAGAGCUUGACCUCUCUUGGAAUGCGUUUCAAGGUCCAAUUCCAAGUGAGAUGGGAAAUAUGACACAACUUACAGAGCUUCACCUCUUUUCGAAUGCAUUUGCAUGUGAAAUACCAAACUCCAUGAGGAACCUCUGCAACUUGCGUCUAUUGGAUUUCUUCUAUAACAUGUUCACUGGAAAGCUUUCAACUUCUAUUGGAAGUCCAUUUGGUUGCAUCCAUAAUAGUUUGGAAGAUUUGUCUUUUUCUUCCAAUAAUUUGAGUGGCGGUCUGCCAAACCAUUUGGGAGAGUUUAAGAAACUAGAGAGGCUUAUUAUUAGAAGGAAUUCAUUUUAUGGUCCUCUGCCAUCAUCACUCGGAAGACUAUCAUAUUUGAGAGAGUUAGAUACUAGAGACAAUCAAUUGAAUGGGAGCAUUCCAAUUAGUCUUGGACAACUUUCAAAACUAGAAUCUCUAGAUUUGUCAAACAAUUCAUUUGUUGGCACCGUAUCUGAACUUCACUUUGCCAAACUCAUGAGUUUAAAUGAAUUGUUCUUGGAAUCAAAUUCAUUAGUUUUGAAUGUGACCUCCCAAUGGGUUCCUCCCUUUCAACUCCAAGUCAUACAAUUGUCAUCCAUCAAACUAGGACCCCAAUUUCCUCAAUGGCUCGAAACACAAAAAAAAUGUUAG